AUGGACUCACCGAUAUCUUUCAAUGGCUCAAACUAUGGUUUACAAAUCGCGCAAAACAAUGGACAGACCACCUGGAAUGCACAUUUUCACUUGUCCCCAGGUAAAGUCACCUUCAAUGUUGAUUGUCGGAUAAUUCACAUCUCUGAUAACGUGAAACAAGCCCCAGAAGAGCGACCACAGCCUUGUGUCAUGAUUCCAUUCGGGCGCGAUCCUGACUUUGUGGACCCGGGAUCCCUUGUAGACAGGGUGCAUGCACUUAGCUCCAAGCCCUCGGCGAGACUGGCCCUAGUUGGUUUCGGCGGAGUUGGCAAAUCCGAGAUUGCCAUCGAAUACGCAUACUGGAUCCGAGAGCAGUCGCCUGGGACUUGGGUUUUCUGGAUUCACGCGACUGACAUUGUGCGAUACGAAGAGGGACUGCGUGACAUCGCAGAGCGCGUCAAAAUUCCACACCAUCAAGACCCAACUGCCAAUAUAUUUCAGCUUGUUGGUAGUUGGCUCCAGGGCCAAAUAGCAGAACCAUGGCUUCUAAUCCUUGACAAUAUUGAUGAUGAUGAAUAUCUCUAUCAGCCAGCGUUCGCAAGUCCCAUUUCAGCUGGUAGUCAUGAACGGAUUGAAGUAAUCAGCCAUCAAAGGGCCGACUUUGAUAAGUCGCCGCUGGAUUAUUUACCAAGAGUGCCGCAUGGGUCUAUCAUAUUAACGACCCGUAGCAAGCAGGUUGCAACGAAUCUUGUCAAUGAAUGCGAUAUUAUAACAAUCGAGCCAUCAGAGACCCAUGCACUUGCUUUGCUUGAAAGAAAACUCAAAAUCGAUGCCGCCACGGAUGUUUUGAGUUUAAAAAGACUUGCUCGCGAACUUGACUGCAUAGCACUUGCUAUUGUACAAGCAGCAACUUUCAUCGCACGUCACUCCCCUCGAUCUUCUGUGCAAAAGUAUCUUGAAAUGUUUCAAGAGAGCAACCAAGCAAGAGCAAGCCUUUUGAAGCGCCAGACAAGACUGCUGCAUCGCGAUCAGAGAGUCGAUAAUUCCAUUAUUAUUACACUGCAAUUAUCCUUCGAAUUAAUCAGGAAGGAGAACCCACAAGCCAUGGAUAUCCUUUCUUUCAUGAGCUUUUUCCAUCCGCAAUCGAUCCCAGACUAUAUACUGCAUACAUCAUUUCAUGAUGAUGAUGAUGAGGCUAAGAGUGAUGUUGACAAGAAUUAUACGCCAUUUGGACCCUCUUAUCAGGAAGAUAAAAACAUUGAUCAGAUUUUGGAAGACAAGGGUAGUAGUGCCGACCGAAAAGCCACAUUCAAAUUUUCUGGAUUGGAUUUUGAAGAUAGCAUUGCCAUACUUAAAGACUACUCACUCAUUUCCAUCGAUCCUGAGACGCUGAGCUUCGCGAUGCAUGGUCUUGUGCAACUUUCUAUCCAGGAUUGGCUUGACAUACAAGGAAAACAUACCUAUUGGAAAGAGAAUUUCAUUCGCGUUCUCUAUCUAAAAUUUCCAAAAUUCACCAACAUGGAAAACAUCGCAAGAUCCAGAUCUUUGUUCCCACACAUUCAGUCGGCAAUGUUACAUGGUCCAGUCUCAAAUCAUCGAAUAAGAUGGGCCAGACUGAUUCGUCAUGCCACUGAUUUUGUGCUCUCCUGUGAAAGACCACACGAAGCCAAGCGCUUGGCCGUUAUGUCACGGAGGGAAACCGAAAAUAUUCUUGGGUGGGAACAUCCAGAGACAAUCACUGCCUCCCUCUUCGAAGUGAAAGCUUUGAUGAAAUGCGAAGAAUUUGAACAUGCGGAGGGGAAAUGCCUUCAAACAAUCGAAGCAUGUAAAAGUUUUCAUCUGGAGACGGGCUACACGGUCUAUCUUACGUUUCGCAAGAUUCUCGCUGAGGUACUUCAUCGACAAGGAUCUCAUCGUUGGGCUGAAUCUGAAUCUGAAUACAAAGAGCUAUUGGCAAUUUGGGAGCAGAGGAAUCCGAGCAAUGAACAUGCGAUUACCUAUACCAAGGCAGGUCUAGCCGAACUAUAUCGAGAUAUGGAUUGUCUUGACAAAGCGGAGACCAUACUUCGACAAUUGGUAGACUCACGCAGAUACUGUCGAACAGAUCGUCGUCAAGACCUGAGUCGCCACAUGGAGAGCUUGGCAUCCCUGUAUAAACAACAAGGUCGUCAUGAAGAAGCCAUCACGCUUUCGGCAGAGGUGCUUGAACUUCAGGCCGCUGCAUUUGGCCGAGAGCAUCCGCGAACACUUUCGAGUAUGAGAAGCUUUGCAAGCGCACUGGAAGGUCAAAGUCGAAUUUCGGAAGCGACGGAAUUCAUGCGGGAGGCUUUUGACAAGCAAAAGAUGAUUUUUGGACUAGACCACGUGGAAACAACGCACACAGCAUAUCUACUGAUCGACUUAUUCGUUGCAAACGAAGAGCUAGAGGCCGCAGGUUGUCUAGCCGAAAGCUUGAUCAGCGUUCUUGACCCAGAUGCCUAUUCUGCGGACGCCUUUUCAGCAAAGCUAGUGGAUAUAUAUCUAGCAGAAGGCCGGGCAGAGAAAGCUCUAGAGAUUCUCACGAACUCACUGGCAAGAAAAAGACAUCUUCAUGAGGAAGAGCAUGAUGAGGUGCUUAGUGCUCAGGUUAAUUUGGCGUUAUGGCACGAGAAGCAAGGUCACCUUCGUAAGGCUGAGCAUCUCUACCAACAUGUGCAUCAGAUUCGCCAGCGAACUCUUGGCAGCGAAGACCCAAACACACUUGAAAGUCUUCAAUGCCUUGUAGAUCUUUAUUUGAUGCAUGAUGGCCUAGUUAACUCUGAGUCACUGUGGUCGAUGCUCAAUCAACUUUGCAAGUCAAGAGAAGCAUUGUUUGGGAAAGAGGACCCUCGGACUCUUCUGAACUUGUACGCACUAUCACUAGAGUUCAAUGCACAGGAGAAACCAUUCGAUGCCGCUGUCCUGCAACAAGAAAUUCUCCAGAUAUGCCUGAAAUCUGAGAGCGACUUUGAAGUGCUACCAGAUCUACUUGAAGCAUUGGCAGACAGCUGGGAAGAACUCGGCUGUGAGGAGAAUGCUGCAGACCUGAGAGGACAACUCGAGAUCAUAUCUGAAAACACGUCCUCCGGGGGACUUGCUACGCGUCUCAAUUCCUCCAAAGCGUUGUUAGAGCGUUUAGAGAAGUUCUCACUGACUGCUCAAUCUUUCGGGGGCUUGGACUGA